UUUCAGAGCGCGCGAGACAAGCGAGAUCCACACAACGUUUUGAAUUCUAGAGAGACUCGUUUGCACAUUUGUACUCCUUUAGAAACUUUCUUUAUCUGCAGAUAUUAUUACAGCAGUAGUUUUUGGUUAGUGAAAAUGCCCUGCUCUGAAGUUGCAGAAGCGGUUUCUCCACAGAAGAGAUGCAAGAGUGAUGCAGUGAAUGGACAUGAAGCGCACAUGGUGUUGAAAUUCGCCAAACUCAGCGAGCACGCGACGACACCGAGCCGAGGAUCGAACCGAGCCGCGGGCUUUGACCUGUACAGUGCGUAUGAUUACAGCAUCGGACCGAUGGACAAAUCUCUGGUCAAGACUGACAUCCAGAUCGCGGUUCCACACGGAUACUACGGAAGAGUAGCUCCUCGCUCUGGUCUUGCUGUGAAGCACUUCAUCGAUGUGGGUGCUGGUGUGGUUGAUGAGGACUACAGGGGGAAUUUGGGAGUUGUGUUGUUUAACUUUAGCAAAGAGACUUUUGAAGUGAAAAAAGGUGAUCGCAUUGCUCAAAUCAUCUGUGAGAGAAUCUGUUACCCUGAUCUAUUGGAGUUACAGACGUUGGAUGAGACUCAGCGAGGUGCAGGCGGAUUCGGCUCUACUGGCACUAACUGAAACUGUCUUGUGUGUUUUGAAUUAUUUGUAUUGAUCAAAGAUAAAGUCGUGUUUUGCUUUUGUAGAGUUGUUUUGCUAACUAGCAUUUAUUAAAAGUGUUUUGUUUAAUG